CGCUGUCUUUUUUUUUUUUUAAUUCUUUUCCUUCUCUCUCUCUCUCUGUCUCUGUCUUUUCUUAUGCCAAUGAAUAGUGAAGGAACGAAUGCAUUGACACCUUAUUCAUAUUGGGAAAUUGCCUUUAUUUACGCGUUCACCAUUUUAUUUGAUUGUUCUGAUAUUGCACCAUUAUAUCCUAUUCCAUUCAUCACACCAAAGAUAUUGGAAGACGCUAUUCUCCAUGAUUCUCAAGAUAUUCUCGAUCCUCUCAUGUGUGCUUUCCUCAGUAAUGCAUUGAACCGCAAGAAACUCAUCGAAUCUAGUAGUUCUACUCGACCAUUGAACGAUUAUAUCAAUGCCAAAGUACGAUCUCAAGAUUUUGAUCUUGGUUAUAAUCCAUUACCAUCACAACAAGGAUUCAAUGGUUUGGAACCCGAUAUGAAGCUCAAGAUCUUGCAUGCUUUGGUAGAAUGGCAACUUCAAGAUAGUGCUUCAGUUCGAGCUAUUAUAGAUGGAACCUUUGGUGCUACUAAGAAAGGUCAAAUAAAUCCAUUAGUCCCUAUUCCUUUUGGUUAUGACAGUUAUAAACGAGCUUAUUGGCAAUUUGGAGAUUCACCUUAUCUAUGGCGAGAACGAACCACUUUGAAAACAGGUUGUGAAUGGGAAAUAGUUUGUCGUGAUUUAAGUGAAUUGGAUACAUUCGCAGAUAGUUUAUCAAAUAGCAAAAGCCACAAGGAAAAGAAUCUUGCACAAAAAAUCAAACAGACAUUGAUCCCACAAUUAGAGGAAAAGCAAAGAAUACAAGAACUACGAGAUAGAGCAGCAGCACGACGCAUGGCAGCACAAUUGGCCUUGGAAGUGCCUCGAUCAUUACCACGACGGGAACGACGGAAACCAACACGUUAUAAUUACAAUGAAAACUAUGAUUUCGACUUUGAUGAUGACUCUGAAUAUAGUACAAAGACAGAAUCAAGACGACCGACACGAUCCAGUGGACGAUUGCAUGGAAAUAAUGCUAUUAAUGAUUACAUGGAGAUAUCCGAGAUCGAUAACACCACUUGGCCAACACCACCAAAAGACAAUGAUCAAGAUCUCCAUUAUUAUCAUGAUGAAAUAGAUAUAGUGUAAAUAGAAUUUUUAUGUAUGUCAAAUUAAUAAAAUAUAUAUAUAUAUAUAUAUUCAAA